AUGUCCCGAAAGCAAGCGGUCAAGGGCCGGCCGGGAAGCGGCAGCCGGAAAGCCGAGGCCGAGCGCAAGCGCGACGAGCGGGCGGCGCGCCGGGCUCUGGCCAAAGAGCGGCGGAACCGGCCGGAGUCCGGCGGCGGCGGCGGCUGCGAGGAAGAGUUCGUCAGCUUCGCCAACCAGCUGCAGGCCCUGGGGCUGAAGCUGCGGGAGGUGCCGGGGGACGGCAAUUGCCUGUUCAGAGCACUUGGUGAUCAGUUGGAGGGACACUCACGAAAUCAUCUCAAGCACCGACAAGAGACAGUGGAUUACAUGAUAAAGCAGCGGGAAGAUUUUGAACCCUUUGUAGAAGAUGACAUUCCUUUUGAGAAACAUGUGGCCAGUUUGGCAAAGCCUGGAACCUUUGCUGGCAAUGAUGCAAUCGUAGCCUUUGCAAGAAAUCAUCAGUUGAAUGUGGUGAUUCAUCAACUUAAUGCCCCUUUGUGGCAGAUUCGUGGCACAGAGAAGAGCAGUGUGAGGGAGUUACAUAUCGCAUAUCGGUGCGGAGAGCACUAUGACAGUGUUCGGAGGCUGAAUGACAACUCGGAAGCCCCUGCACACCUCCAGACAGAUUUUCAGAUGCUUCAUCAAGAUGAGUCAAAUAAAAGGGAAAAGGUCAAGACGAAGGGUGUUGACUUUGAGGAUGACCUGAGAGGUGAAGUAGAAGAUGCUGUCCAGAAGGUCUGCAAUGCGACUGGAUGUUCAGAUUUUAAUUUGAUAGUCCAGAACCUGGAAGCCGAAAAUUAUAACAUUGAAUCUGCAAUAAUUGCCAUGCUUCAGAUGAACCAGGGGAAAAGAAAUAAUGCAGAGGAGAACCUUGAGUCCAGCGGCCAAAGUCUGAAGCCAUGUGGCCCUUUAUGGGAGGAGGGCAGCAGUGGCACCAGGCUCUUUGGAAAUCAGGGCUUAAAUGAAGGCAGAACUGACAACAAUAAAGAGCGGGCCAGCCCUAGUGAAGAAAACAAAGCAAAUAAAAACCAGCUCCCAAAGGUCACCAGCAGACAGAGGCGGGAGCAGCAGCGACUGGAGAAGAAGAAGCGACAAGAGGAGAGGCACCGUCACAAGGCCCUGGAGAGCAGGAGCGGCCACAGGGACAGCAGCCGAAGUGAAGCGGAUGCGAACACGCAGGUCACCUUGGUGAAGACCUUUGCCGCUCUCAACAUCUGACUCUCUGGCCUUCUGGGAGCUGCGAGGAGCGGAUGGAAAAGGAGCGCCGCAUAGCAGGCUCCCCAGGGAGGCCGACCUCUCACAAAGUGACGUGCAAGCCCCCAGACUCACACACAAGCUCGUACACUGAGUUAGUCUCCUUUCAGGCUGCCUCUGUUUUGCUCAGACUUUUGUUAGUGGUGUGUUCUGUCUGAUGAACGUUCAGUGAAGCCAUUCAUGUUCUGCAAUUAAAACUUCGAGUCCUAGGGUUGGAUAGUUAGUUCGGGCAAAAACCUUUUAGGUGUGGUUUUAUUUGCCUUGGAAAAUCAGAGUUCAGUGACUCUGGGACUUUUCCUGAGCACUUGGGGUGAGUUUUGCUGUAAUUGUUCAUGAAGUAGUUUAGAUUAGUUGCUAGAAAUUCAGAACAACAAGUUUCCUUUGUUUUCCUUUCAUUUUCAAGCUGAUAUUCACAUAUGGGAUAGUUUGUAAACAGUCUUCAACUCAGGAACAUGUUUAGAUUUAAUUUUCUACUAGUCCAAGUUAAUCAGAAAUUAAUUCAGGAAGUAUUUUUCCCAAAGUAAUAGGAUAUGAGGGUUGCGGCCUGUAGUCAGGGUGGAAAUUCAACAGCUACGUUUCUCUCCUUCCUGACUCUGAGGCUGUUUCAGGUGGGAUGCAGGUGCUGAGUUUGCUUGUGCGCACGCCUUCUCAGAAACGCGCCCGAUGCUGAUUAGGCCCGGACUUUGCUGGAAAAGUGGUAGUGGUGUUGAGGUUUUGGUACUUGUUUCUUGACAAAGAGAAGGUGGCAUGUUACUGCUUAUGAGGUAAUCCUGAGCUUCUGAUCGUAUGGAGAGCAUAACCCAGGGUUAUAAAGGGAGAAAUGAAGAGAGUCCAGUCUUUGUCUGCAGAGACUCUAAGGAGUUACUUGAUUUUGUGUGGGCAGAGGUCUGGAAGAAUAACUAAAGCUUUUCAGGUUCACCUUUUAAAUAAUUAACUGUUUUCUUCUUCACUGUUCUAGACUUAGAUACCUUCAGAGAAGUAGUUUGACCUAAUGCUCAGUUUUCUUAAUGUUGUGAAAAUGGAAUCCCAUAAAAUGCUGCAUUUCUUUCUUUCUGUUCCAGCCCUAUCUGGGAUUUUGAUGUCGGAAAAAUUCUUCCGCACUUUAGCACUUGUCAGGGACUCAGGUUAGCCCAACAGGACAGAGGCCAUGGAAUGACUCCACAGUUCUGACAUGGAUUUGGGAGGUGGAGAGGGGUCAUUCCUAAGACUGGUAGGUGGGUGUGAACUUUUAACCUAGAACGUAUGAACUGGACAGUUGUGGACAGUCUUGGCCUUUUGGGGACCCCGUAUUUGGACAGAUAAAUUCUGCCAAAUGAAGGUAAAUUAGUUACUUCUCCACCUCAGAUUUCAAAAUUAUAACUGUUCCAAGGACAAGGGAAAACAAUAAAAACCUUUUGACUGAAUGGAUGUACCAUUGUCUGGGCUGGGCCUGGAUUCACUGAAUUGCUUUUAUCAGCAGAUGAUUUGCUUUCUUCAGUUUUAAUGAUGUGUUUUAAUUUUUUGUUUGUUGACUUUGGUGACUUUUUGUAGUUGGAGCACCUGUGGUUUCUUGGAACUGCUCUUAGGCCAUUGCAAUUUGGGCUUCUUCCUGGUACAGGGCUCUGUAAUAGUCAGCAGAUUUGGAAAGUGCCGAGCAUGAUUUCUUUGCACAUCGUGGAGUCCUGAGUCUGAGGCUCUUGUGCUCAGUCCCCGCGGGUGCAGGGGCUCUGAUGCCUUCUGUUUCCAAGGGAGUGAGAUCCAGUGCUUAACGGAUCGAUCGUCCUCUUGGCUUUUGACUCUGGACACUUUCCUGACUGUGGUUGAUCUUUCCUGAGCGAGCACUCUUUCUCGUCCGUCCGGUAGGCCUAGAGGGCAAGAGACCAGAUCCUCUCAGGAAGGUCAAGAUGUGGUUUUGGAAACUCAGCAGGAUUAGGAAUCUGAAAUAACCAUAAGGGAUACCCCCGUCAGGAGCAAUAGAAUUGCUCUAUUUACCUGGUUAGUGAAGGUGGCCUUGGGCCCUGUUGGGUUUUAGAAGAUUAACUAGAAGCUGCUAAGAAGUUAUUAAGGAAUAUUGGGCACGCUUGUUAACAAAUUACCAAAUUCUGAUAAUAGACUUCAGCAUUUCUGGGGUAAGAUAACAGUGGUUUUAAAAACUAAUCUGGCUUCGGGAAUUUUCUCUUACUACCAUUUCAUAGUUUUGCAGUUAAAAUUGGUCUGCGUUUAAAACGUUAGUUAUUAGGAGUGGGUACACGUAUUCGACUUUAGUGAUCUCGCGCUAAGCGUGUGAGUUGCGGCUUUCCUGCCUCAGUGUCGCUGAGGGAUGAGGUAGGCGGGUCCGCGCACCUGGUUGCCUCGUAGGCACUUGAAAGUUACUUUAUUGGCGGCCAGCGUGGAGGCCCGGGGUGUUUGGCUCUGGGCUGACUGUUGUUGGAACUCUCAUCCCCAGCGCGGUGACUCACGUGCACCCCACGUUAGGAGGCGCGUGUUGCUUACUGAGCCUCUGGGCUGCAUCUUGGUCGUUAGAAGUUAACGUUACCUGGGGCUGUCUCGGGAGCCUUUAGUGAGGUCAGGAGAAGGGGAUGGGGCAGUGGUCUGUAGCUGCUUAUUCGUCUUAGAAACUGUAUAUAAAGGUUUUAUGGAUUUUAAAAUAAGAUUUUCUAAAGGUCAAAAUACAUAAAAUUUUAGUGGCAACAGCUUUGUACUAGAGAGGUAGAUGUAUUCAAGCAACCUAGAACCACACCUUCUAAAUCACAUAGUUGCCAUCAGGAGGUGUUCGAGAGAACGCGUAUGCACGUGUAAUUUUCCGUAGCGCGCACAUAUGCUUUCUGGAGCAUAGCCUGCUUGAGGGAUGGUGGCAGAAAGCAAGAUCUUCGAUAUCAGCGGAGGUGGUUGUCUGUAUUUUCUUUUAUAAGCUCUGAAAACACUUCCAAACCUGUUUUGAUCCCGAGGGCUUGUGAAGUGGGGUCUCCCUUGCGGGGCGGCUCUAGUGGGCGUCACGGGAACCUUCAAGUUGGUCAUCGGUAGCGCCCUGCCUCCUCUCCCUGGCAUUUACAAUGUGAAAUGACACAGUCCUGGGCGAGGGGGGCCCCGUGACGUCGGGGAGAGCCGCUCACUCGUUAAGUAGGUCGGCAUCGAGGGACUUCGGCGCUGAACUGUCCUCGUGGUGAGUCCCUGUCGUCGAUGUGCAGUUUCUCUCAUUCUGAGAAACUUCAGACUCUGCCCGGGUUUUACUGGGUCUACGUAGAAUGCUGUCAGUUUACUUCUGUGAAAUGGUCCGCUCGAACGUGCAGUCGGUUCCCGGAAACUGGGAUUUCUAGUCCACGCUGACUAACGGUCUCCCUGAGUCAAAGGAAGAAAAUGGAGCGCUUGGUCUCCGUGGGUCACAUCUGGGGCCGUCGCUGACUCCCAUUUUGGGCAGACACGUGGCUCUUCACCUUUUUACCUUUUUACCUCAAGGCUCUGUCUGUCUGUAGCAAACGUCUAGAUUCAGAGUCUGCUGCUGUUCUCCCGUUUUCAGUCUUCACUGUCCACCUCCGCGUUCAGAGCAGGCGUGGCUGAGACUCUGGGGCCUUCCGACAGUUGUUCGGAGGUCAUUGAAUAAUGGCACUUUUUUACGACCUGUGUUUUCCUGACUCUAAAGCAGAUUGUGUUUUUCUGCUGACACUGAAGCGAAGGUCUUCUAGAUGACGUGUUUAGGGAAAUCUGCUGCCAUAUACUAGAGGGAGAAUGAGUAACUGGAAUGAGGCGGAGGUGGUGACACCCCCCCGCCCCUCACAGGGCCCGGCCCCCGGGGAAUUGAUGGGCCUGCGGGCUGCCUCGCUCUGCUCAGGCCCCAGGUGAUGCUCCUGGUGACCUCAGGCUCUUAGCCAUGUCUUCUAAGCUUACUAGUCUCUCUCUGCUAGUUAGGGGUGCUUUGUAGCUUGGUUAAAAUGGUUAGAGUCCUUGCAGAGUUACCGGAGAAGGGGCUGCAGUCGUGAAGAACGUUUCUGUAAAGCACGAACUUCUGCGCGGUGGCUCAGUUUCCAGCAGGGCAGCCCCGUGUUCCAGAACGGCUGCUACUCCCUGUGCCUGUCGUCAGGUGGGCGACCAUCCCUGGAUGAAGCAUGUGAGGGCUGCCCCUACCCCUGCGCACGUUAGCAGCCAGCAGGCCCCCGUGGCCAGCCGUCCGGGACAGUCACUGGGGCUCAGUCAGAAACCUCAGCCUGUGGUUUGAGCCCCUGGCACAUCCCUUGACCAAAACUUGAAGAACACUAUUGUGGGGCUGUCCGCCAUGUUCCCACCCUCAUUGUUCAUUUUCCACGGCAGGAGGGCCCUCGGCCUCCCCAGCCACCCUUCCAGCAAGCUCCAGGACCACCGAGCUCAGUGAGAAGAUGGAAGGAGCUGGGAGUUAGACUCAAGCCCUGCGUGUUCCUCUUGCUGGCGCAGAGGUGCCAGAGGGUGUGAACCCCCGGGAAAGAGCACAGGUGUGUCUCUGGGGAACACGGGCCUUCGCAGGCUCGGGAACCAUCUCUUUUUUCUAAUUGCACUAUACUUGUCCUAGCUUCAGUCUGGAGAUACUUAAGACCUCCAUGGGGUCACAAUCCUUAGACUUAGCAAGUCUUGCCUUAUCUCUGGAGCUUGACGGGGAGAAAUGUGACCAUUGUCUGAUGUCCAUAGUUCAUUUCCUCUCGGUGGUUUCUUUUCACAGAUUGUGUUCAUCUGAACCAUUUUAUUUUUAUUUACCAAAGUACUGUACUUGGCUAUUUGCAGUGUCUUCAAAACCAAAUGUUUCUUUUUUGUGUGUUUUAAUCUUCCAUACUUGGUGCAAUAGAAGCUGCAAAGAUGUGCCACUUUAUCUAUGAAAUGGAGUUUUGUAUACCAAUAAAUUCUAGUUUAAAGA